AUGGCCUUGCAUGCCUGUGGCUACCGCUCAAUCAGUACGGAUGAUGCCAAAGAAAUUGUCCUUCAGAUCAACAAAAUGACUGAAAGUGUCAACGAAGCAGCCAUGUUCCUGGCCCAUUUGUUCCACGAGAGCGGCGGGUUCCAGCACCGUAGUGAGAGCAAUGGACCGAAAAAAAGUUAUGCCCCUUACUACGGCCGAGGCUACAUCCAGAUAACCUAUUACUACAACUAUCGGGAUGCUUCGAAGGUGAUCUACGAAAAUGAGCAAGUACUACUGGACUUUCCCGACAAAGUGUCCGAAACUGUGUACAUGUCGAUGCGCGUUUCGGUGUGGUUCUGGAGGACCAAGGUUCGUCCCGCUGGAGGGCCUUCGAGCAACGACUUCUACCGGACAACCGAGGUGAUCAAUGGUGAACUUGAGCCUCCGGGCAGUUUCCUGGCAAACAGGAGAUAUGGCCUCUAUGUUGAUGUGGCCGAUGUUCUCGGAGUCACUAACAAAGCCAAAAGUUGA